GCUUGAACAUUAUUUUAACACGUAAGUGGCACCUAGCGAAUUCCCCAUCAACCUAAACGGUAUAGAGGUCGUUGCUUCCAUCUAACAGAGCUGCUAAACCAACAAAUAUUCAGAGUGACACGUCAGUCACGAUCCGAUCGUCAAUCGCUUAGUCUGGGGCGCGAAAACUCGAUCUCAAGAUGUUUAAUUUUAUCCAUUUUAUUCUUCUUAAUAUCUUUCCUGGCCGUCUGACUUUCUUCGAUGCUCGUCUUACUGAUUUCGCCUAUCGGUCGAUCGGUGCAAGAACAGACGUACAGACAGAUAGGAAAGUACGAGGUGCGUGACAAAAUGGAAAACAUGGCGGACGUCAUCGUACAAGAAUCUGACUUAGGAUCAAAGAUCCUCCACUUGAACGUGUGGGCCAUCGGGGGAAACGGUUUCAAAAAUUUAACACCUGCGAGACUGAACUUUCGUCAAGAACCGAAGCAAUUGAGUUUCCUGUAUCUGAUGUACAAUAAGAUUAACGAGAUAUCCCAAGACCUCAUUGGCGGACGUGCCGCAUUUGUUGGGGCUGAAUUUCGGAUUGAAUGGCAUCGAACCGAUCGACAGGAGCUCGGUUACAGCACCAGGAAUCCUACAAGGAUUGGGGUUAGGUUGGGCUAUCUCAUAUUGGAAGGAAAUCAGUUAGGCAGAGUGUCUUACAUCGAUUACAAACAACUAAUUGGUUUAUAUGAUUUGAACUUAGACUACAAUCAAAUAGCAAAUAUUUCAUACCUUCGUUUUAACCUUCUUUGAUCAAGAAAAGUUACAAGUCAUACUAGAAUAUCAACAUCUCUCGAUAUCUAGUAACAUCUCAUUCUGAUAUUUUUAAAUUGGAAAACGUUCGCUCAUGUCGUUGAAAACACUACAGUUUAUCUAACUCUCUUCAGCAGCUUGAUGAUAUUAGCAAAACAAUCAUAUUCUACUCCUUCCAAUGUGCAAUGUGCAGAAUUAUAGCUGUCGAGGUAUUACUUUUUAUGCAUGUAAAAUUGUUCUACCUAGAAGCAACGAGAGUGUCAUGUUGUUGCAAAAUUCUAAUUAACAAAUUUGUGGAAUUGG